GGGUUCGUCCAUAAUGUUUAUGCGUAUCCAUAAUGUUUACAUACUUGUUUCCAGAGACACAUGUGUUCAGUAAACGAGCAUUGUUCAUGUAUGCCGGUCUCUUGUAUCGUGUAUCUCUAUACAUAGAUCCAUAUUCGAUUGCGAUGUAAAAAUUUAACGAUACCCACGUAAAUAUAUGCGUGCUGGUGUAAUAUGUAGGGAUUUGAGUGAACGCGGAGGACGCAGAUGCCCUUGCAAGAAGUCAGCCGCGCGCACACGUGUGUACACGUACACCUUCCACAAGUUGGAGGGGUUUAUCAGCAUUCAGCAUUGCUUUGUUGGCACUGUUAUACACUUUACUUCACUCUCGUCCCGCGAUCUUAUAUUAGUGUUCAUUUACCUAGUCACCUAUUCCACCGAACAACGAUGGUGUUUACGACGCCGUUCAAUGAAAUUUUAAAACAAUCAAUCUCGUGAUCGAAAAUUUCAACAAGUGUUAUUAUCUUACUAUCUCUUCCGUGUUUUCACAGUGAAAUACCGUUUGAUUUUUGUUACGAGAAAUUAAUUUUUCGUUCUGGACAUAUUUUUAGUGAACUAUUAUCGCUUGUUAAAUGUGUUAUUCGAGAAAACUAUCGAUGACAUUGAGUUACAUUAUCUCCGCUAUGUGAUAUUUUCUUAUACAUAAUAUUUUUAAAAAUUUUAUACGAAUAAUAAAAAUUUUUGAACGGGAGCUCUACAAUGCCGCCAGGUUUUCGCAGAUAUCACAUCAACUAUGAUAAUGCGUUGAUACCGAUAUCUUGAUCGUGUAUAUACGCCAGUCCAAUAUUACCUCCAGGGAGAUCCCGUGUCAUACUUGCUACGUUUAUAUUAUAUUUACCAUGGAAGCCGAUGAGUUGGUAUUGUAUUUUGCUAUAGCAGGUGGGAUUACUGCUGGUGCUUUGCUAGUGCUGUUCAUUUUAGUGUGCGUACUGUUUGUCAAAGUGAAUCGAUUAUCAACAGACGGGUCCAAUCAACUGAAUAGACAAACAAGUAUGAUGGCAGACUUUUGUUACACGAAUCCCACAAUUGUACCAGGAGAAUUACUAUCACGUCGUGGAUUCUCGAUGUACAGCGGUUCCGAUAACUAUAAUGAUGAUUAUGGAACAAAAAAAGAUCAUCAUUUUGGUACUUAUCACGAAGCACGAUCAAAAUUUUGACUAAAAUUAAUAAGUUUGAAUAACAGACUGUAUACAUAAUUUCUGUAAUUUUCAAUCAUAUACCAUACUAAAAGUUUGAUUAAUUUUGUAUAAUAAAUUAAAAUUACGUUAUUUAUCAGUUUAUAAGAUAUAAGACUUACAUAAAUUUUUAAUUUUCAUCUGCC